GGGAGUAGAGCAGAAAUAUCUGCAGAUAUGUGCAUGGGUGGAUAUGUAUAAAAUUGAGGGUGUAGAUGAAUGAACAGAUGGGAGGAUGGAUAAGUGGUUAGAUGGGCUGAGGGGUACAUAAGUGCUUGUAUGGCUGGAAUAAAUGCAUAGGUAGAUGGAUGCAUGGCUGGAUGAAUAAAUGAGUAGAUGAAUCAGUAAGUGGCUGGGGCAUGGGUAAAUGGAGAUACAAAUGGACAGAUGGAUGUCUAGAGGGGCGGACAAAUGGCUAAGUGGAUGAAUUAACUCUGUGGGUAGAUGGGUGGAUUUAUGGAUGGGUUGGGAGUAAACUGACAUGGCUAGAGUGGAGUUAUGGACGGCUAAGUGAAUGAAAGGGAAAGGUAAGUUGGAUGCAUCCAUGCUAGGUGAAGCUAUAGAGUGGAUACAUGAAUGGAAUAGGUUGGUAAAAGGUUACCUAGAAGAUGAGUGGGUAGGUGAGCAAAUGGAUAGAUGGGUGUGGAGAAGAAUAGGUAGAAUCAUUGGUCAUAUGGGUAAGCGGAUGGAUGGGUGUAAGAAUGGACAAAUCAGGAGUGUGCAAAGUAAGCAAGGGAAUAGCAUGGAUGGGUAAAUGCAUUGAAAGGUUAGGCAGUUCACUUUACUGCACGCUCAGCACACACCUUUAGUUACUUAAGACUAGGCAGCCUGCCAGGCCUUACCUGUGCCAACCCCAUUCACUUUACUUCAGUUAAUGCCUAAAAGGACACUUUCAAGUUGGAAUAAUUCUGACAACUGAGGAAACAAGUCCCCUGAUAAAGGAGACGGCAAGUCUGGCAAAGCUGGGGUUAGAACUCACAGACUUAACCCAGGCCAUUCAGUACUCUGCGUUCUGAAGCAGAGCGAGCCCACCAUGGAGAGAAAGGUGAUUUGAGGGCAUUGGAUACAGACAGAUGGGAAGCCUGCUCCUUGGCAAGGGGCCUCCGGGUAGGGGGUGGUCCCUGGAUUAUCCCCAUUGCACUACCUUUGCUCUGCAUCUUGCACCCCCAAACUGGAAGCUGUAUACUGGAGCCCUACAAUCAAAGUCUGGUUUAGAAGUUGGGUUCUGACCUAUGCCCUCCCCCCCCCACACCCAGAGUGGAUCUGGCGCCUGGUCAUCUAGAGAAACAUCCCCACCAAUCCCCUCCCCCACCUCUCCCCGCCCUUCCACAGAGGGGGGGCAGGGAGGGGACACAGCACUGCAUCAUUCCCUGUGGCACUCCGCUCUGGGGCCAUUAACAGACGCCUCCCCAUCGAUUGGUUCUGCUAAGUGCUGCUGAUUCAGACGGGUGGGGGUGAGGGCCCCUGGGGGCAGUGGGGGUAGGAGCUGGGCACAAAGAAGGGGGAGUCCAGGAAGUAGGAGGUGGGGAGAACUGGCAAAGUUCCCUGCCACCCCCAUUUUCCAGAUGACGCGACUGAGGCCCAACCAGCUUUGUAAGGAGGCGGAGUCUCCCCAGGGUCUCUUUCAAGCUGUCCUAGGGGAGGGGGCUCUGGGAGCCACGUAGCCCCUCCCUGCCUCUAGCUUCAUCUCCCGACAAGCUCCAGAGGGGCGGGGAGAGAGCGCUGGAGGAGGAGGAACUCCGGCAGCUCUGCAGAGGGGGCCAGGAGCUCCGGGGUUUGGUACCCCCAGCCCCAACGCUGUUGCUGCUGCUGCUGCAGCAGGGACACAGGUGAGGACAGCCCUGUGGGGAGAGGGAGGGGACCAUCAAUAGCUCUGUCCUUGUCUUUUCCUGGUCCGGUCCCCAUGCCCUAGUCCAUCCUGGAGCAGUCUCCAGGGGUCCCACUGGACCUUGUCCUUCCUGAGCCUCCUUCCAAGGACCCAGCAGCCUCCUCCCCCUGUCUCCCACCCCGCCCCCGCCCGUGCCACCUUUCCCUCCUAGGCCUGGCUGUGGCUCUCCUCCUCCUCCUGUGCUGCUGCUGCUCCCGCCGCCGCCGCUGCUCCUGCUGUUGCUGGGCACACACCGCCAGCCCCUCCGGAGUGUGGUUUCCUCAGACCUGCCCUCAACGGUGGGACCCAGCCUUCUCCUGGUCUCCCCUACUAUCUUCCUGCGAGGUUCAGCAGCCCCUUCUCCUGGAAGACACACCCAACUUUCUUCCAAUACCCCGCCCCCUAUCCAACCUAUUUUGAGGGAAUCCCCUUCCUCUUUGAAUAGUCUUUUGCGAGUUUCUGGUGUGCUCAGGGAUCUAUACCCAACUUCAGUCCAGUUGAGUGUCGACCCUUUGGGAUUCCCCAGACCCCCCCCCCUUUUCUUUUCCUCAUCCAGAGCUCUUCAGCUAUGGACCAGGCUUCCUAAGCCCCUCCAGGUAACCUCUGGAGAGCUGCCGGAUAUCUCCCAGCCUCUUAAAAAAGAAGCCAGUCCCAUACACCACUUUCACUAUCCCGUUUAUUCAGUCCUCACUGGAGGACCCUCACCUCCCCUAGCUUCCCCAGAACUCCUGCAGCUUGUAGGCAACAUCCUCCAGGCUAGUCUUGGCAGUGCUAGUCACUCCCGAGACACUUUUUAGCAUCUUUACAACCUCCAGGCUCUCUCGCCACCCUUGAGAUGCUCCAGUCCCCUUUCCUGAUCUGCAAGGGGGCUCCAACCCAGGUAUCUUUUCCCAUAAGUCUUCUGGGUGUGGACAGCCCUUCAGUGUCUUUCAAACACCUCUGGUCCCAUUCUCCAACUCUCUGAAUGCCCCGAUCUGUCUCCUGUUCAACUCAACUGAGGGAUUUCAGGCCCUCCUUUAGUGGGAACUCUUGGGGGUGUGAACAACUCCCCACCUAUUUCUUGGUCCCUUUGGACACCCUCAGGAACGUGUUGACUCUACAAUCAUGUCAGUCUAGACCUGAGGAUCCUUCUUGGUACCUUUAGCGCUUUAACCCCUUCUUAGUCCUUUAGAACACCCCCCCCCCAAGCUCCUGUCUGUCUCUCUAGUUCCUCCUCCUCCGGGUUCCUCUUGGUCUCUCUCUCUCUUUCUACACACACACACACACACACACACACACACACCGGUUUCCUUGUCUGGGUAGCCCAGGGUCUCUCCAAGCCUCCAUCAUCCUGGAGAUAGCCACAUUCUCCUAAACAUCACACCCCCAAAGUCUCCGUGGGCCUGGGGAGCUGCAGGAUGGCGGCAGGUGUGGCCACAUGGCUACCAUUUGCAAGGGCUGCAGCCGUGGGCUGGCUGCCCUUAGCCCAGCAGCCCUUGCCCCCUGCACCGGAGGUGAAGGCAUCCCGAGGGGAUGAGGUUCUGGUGGUGAAUGUGAGUGGUCGGCGCUUUGAGACCUGGAAAAACACGCUGGAUCGCUACCCGGACACAUUGCUGGGCAGCUCGGAGAAGGAAUUCUUCUAUGAUGCUGAAUCAGGCGAGUACUUCUUUGAUCGUGACCCAGACAUGUUCCGGCACGUGCUGAACUUCUACCGCACAGGCCGGCUGCACUGCCCCAGACAGGAGUGCAUCCAGGCCUUUGAUGAGGAGCUGGCCUUCUAUGGCUUAGUACCAGAGCUGGUGGGCGACUGCUGUCUUGAAGAGUACAGGGACCGCAAGAAGGAGAACGCGGAGCGCCUAGCGGAAGACGAGGAGGCUGAGCAGGCCGGGGAAGGGCCAGCCCUUCCCGCAGGCAGCUCCCUGCGACAGCGACUCUGGAGGGCCUUCGAAAACCCACACACGAGCACUGCAGCACUGGUUUUCUACUAUGUGACUGGCUUUUUCAUAGCUGUCUCAGUCAUCGCCAAUGUAGUGGAGACCAUCCCAUGCCGUGGCCCGGCACGGCGACCCACGAGAGAGCAGCCCUGUGGUGACCGCUUCCCAAUGGCCUUUUUCUGUAUGGACACAGCCUGCGUGCUUAUAUUCACCGGGGAAUACCUUCUGCGGCUCUUCGCCGCUCCCAGCCGUUGCCGCUUCCUGCGCAGCGUGAUGAGCCUCAUCGAUGUGGUGGCCAUCCUGCCCUACUACAUUGGGCUUUUUGUGCCCAAGAAUGAUGAUGUCUCUGGCGCCUUUGUCACCCUACGUGUGUUCCGUGUCUUCAGAAUCUUCAAGUUCUCCAGACACUCCCAGGGCUUGCGGAUUCUGGGCUACACCCUCAAGAGCUGUGCCUCUGAGCUGGGUUUUCUCCUCUUUUCCCUCACUAUGGCCAUCAUCAUCUUUGCCACUGUCAUGUUCUAUGCUGAGAAGGGCACCAGCAAGACCAACUUUACAAGCAUCCCUGCUGCCUUCUGGUAUACCAUUGUCACCAUGACCACACUUGGGUAUGGGGACAUGGUGCCUAGCACCAUUGCUGGCAAAAUUUUUGGCUCCAUCUGCUCACUUAGUGGUGUGUUGGUCAUUGCCUUGCCUGUACCAGUCAUUGUCUCCAACUUCAGCCGCAUCUACCACCAGAACCAGCGUGCCGACAAGCGCCGAGCGCAGCAGAAGGUGCGCCUGGCAAGAAUCCGGUUGGCAAAGAGCGGUACCACGAACGCCUUCCUGCAGUAUAAGCAAAAUGGCGGCCUUGAGGACAGCGGCAGUGGGGAGGGACAGGCGCUGUGUGUGAGGAGCCGUUCUGCUUUCGAACAGCAGCAUCACCAUUUGCUCCACUGUCUAGAGAAGACUACGUGUCACGAGUUCACGGAUGAGCUCACCUUCAGUGAGGCCCUUGGAGCUGUGUCACUGGGUGGCCGCACCAGCCGGAGUACUUCCUUGUCUUCCCAGCCGAUGGGGUCUGGCAGCCUGCUGUCAUCUUGCUGCCCUAGAAGGGCCAAGCGCCGGGCCAUCCGCCUUGCCAACUCCACUGCCUCCGUCAGCCGUGGCAGCAUGCAGGAGCUAGACACGCUAGCAGGGCUUCGGAGGAGCCCUGCCCCUCAGAGCCGCUCAAGCCUCAAUGCCAAGCCCCAUGACAGCCUUGACCUGAACUGUGAUAGCCGGGACUUCGUGGCUGCCAUCAUCAGCAUCCCCACCCCUCCGGCCAACACGCCAGACGAGAGUCAACCUUCCUCCCCUGGCGGCGGGGGUGGCGGCGGCGGCGGGGGUGGCAGGAGCACCAGCACCCUCCGGAACUCCAGCUUGGGUACCCCAUGCCUCCUUCCUGAGACUGUGAAGAUCUCUUCUCUGUGAGGGCUGGGUCUGCCCAUCCAGAGGGCCUUCUUUAUUCUUGCGAACUCCUUUCCAAAGCCAUAUUUGGGAGAGGCAAAGAGGGGCGGGCCUGGGGACCUCUUAUGCUCCCUGCCAAGAACUAUGCAGUGGAGCUUCAUGGAAUGGCUCAUCUGGUGGGGAAGUAGCUAGGGAACGGGGAACGUCCGUCCCUCAGUCCAGACGGUUUUCCUAAUGGGAGCUGAAGCGCUGAGACUCCCUAGGCCCCUGGCCUCCUUGCCCCAGCAUGCUGGGACUGGCCUCUCUCUCCUAGCUGGCCUCCUGCAUGCUUCUCCCUUGGGCCCUCAGAGGCAGGUUAAAGCUUUCUGUGGUCUGACAUUUGAGGUCUGGCUUGACAAGAAGAGUUGAGAGUCCCUCUGCUCUUCGGUUGUGCUGUGCGAGUUGGAAGGUUCGGAGAAGAGAACCCUCCACUCUUAAUUUAGCCUCUAGGGGGGCAAGGUCUCUGCCCUUCACCAGGCGCAGCCAUUCCCAGAUUUGGAAGCUUGGAAUGCCACCGUGGGCUGGCUUAAUGGGCUGUGGCCUCUCUAGUGACCCGCUACCCCCAUGCUUUGGCUGAGGGGUCAGGCUGCUUCUCCUAACAGAGAUAGCACAAACACUACCACCCCUUUCCCUGGCUGCUGGAAAUGAGUUCCUGCCUCCUGCCCUCGGCUGGGCCUCCAGCAAACUCUAGCAAUAGCAGCUGCUGCUGUACCAAUAUGCAAAGCCUCAGACUUGCUGCAGCAUAUACAUCUGCCCUGAUCAGAUGGGCCACAUCUAACUGCUCUCUUUUGUGGUGGUUUUUUUCUUCGUGGGUUGGUCUGGAGUCUGGACCUGCUGAGAUAAGAGACUGGCACCCAGCUAGAGCUGGGCUGGGUUUUGAGGUCAUGGGCUGAUUCUGGAGUCUUGGGCAGGAGUCCAGAAGUGUUGUAGGCAGAGGCCUGGGUUGUUCCUGAACCCUGGGAGGGACAGAAGAGACUUCUUGAUUGCCUCCUCCUUCCCUGUAAUUUCCACAUAGUCUUGUCUCUCGGGUCACCUUCUGGAUCUGUGGUCUCGGACUGAAAUCUCAUAUCUCAGGUUUCCUGUCUCCCAGCUCUGUCCCUCUGAAGCUGGCAGCCGACAAAGAUGAAAUUCUCAUCAGUCAAUAAAACUUAAGAGGAGAGAUGUGGACUGAGCA